UUAGGGUUAUCCCACUUUAAAUGUUUCUGCCGUUCCCCACCGCUCUCUAGUGCAUCCUCCCACACGAAACAAACCCCCGAUGAAUUUUGUCACCAAUUCGAUUUUCCCUUGAAAAGACUCGCGGUCAAGCUUCAGAUCAACAACCGUCCACUGAAUUCCCCCCUCCAACACCCAGAGACAUAAGAUCAUUCAUAAUGCCUCCCAAGAAGACCACCACCCGUCCUGCUCAGGAGAACAUCUCCCUCGGACCUCAGGUCCGUGAAGGCGAACUCGUCUUUGGCGUUGCCCGUAUCUUCGCCUCUUUCAACGAUACCUUCGUCCAUGUCACCGAUCUCAGUGGCCGCGAAACCAUCACCCGUGUCACCGGUGGUAUGAAGGUCAAAGCCGACCGUGACGAGUCCUCCCCCUACGCCGCCAUGUUGGCUGCCCAGGACGUCGCUGCCCGCUGCAAGGAACUAGGAAUCAAUGCCCUCCACAUUAAGAUCCGUGCCACUGGUGGUAACGGUACCAAGACCCCCGGUCCCGGUGCCCAGUCCGCCCUCCGUGCCUUGGCUCGUUCCGGCAUGAAGAUCGGCCGUAUCGAGGACGUUACCCCCACCCCCUCCGACAGCACCCGCAGAAAGGGUGGUCGCCGUGGUCGUCGUCUAUGAUUGCACUAUAUACUACAUAUAUCGUGGUAUCUUGGGCGAUCUGAAGGCACUCGGCGGAAUCAAGGGUUUGCAUCAGGGCUUCUCUGUCUCUGUGGCGUUGACAAUUACGAGGAGAACGGCGUGAAUCUAGAGGAAAUAGAGCAUGCCUGGUCUCCAUGAUGCUUAGGGUAGCUAUGCUUAUUGUCACAUGAUGCCUUUUGGCACGGCUACAGCAGCAAUGAGAAAAAUUGAUCAAUGAGUGCCUUAUAC